CGAGUCCACCCAAACCACCGCAGCUUUAUCACGAUCUUUUUAUGAACACAAGCUGGAUUGCGACCGGAGCUUCUCGUCUUCCAGGACUGGGAGGCAGCGCCAAUACAGCAACCGCUCUUGCUUGGUAAUUUUUUAGCCUUGAUUUUUCCUCUCCUUGCAGCAGGCUGCACCGUGAUACAUACAUAAUCCCCAAUUGUCUUUUAUCGCUUCCGCAGGUGGCGCCUCUCUCGUCUCGUCUCAGCGGAGCCUAGGUAAGCAAGCAGGCGGGCGUCACUCGCAUUCUCGCCCACCGCACGCUGCAUUCCAGGCGACGUGCAAGGCAUGCCCUAUUCUGAACGACCGGGCUCUUUCGGCGCUGAGCCUUACCUGAGACAUCAACAUUCUGCGACCUCCGACCACGGAUUCAACCCAAUGUGGGACAGCGCAGACUCCGAGCGUGCGUCGCUCAAUCCUGCGUCUCCAAAGCAGGCAACGCGGAGCGGCACAUCGCCGUAUCCAGUUUCGAGCGCCAUCCAGUCUGCCCAUGCUGCGCUUACUGAGCGGGUGAAGGAAAACAGCACCACCCAUGUGCCCCCUCCGACCAAGCGCUUCAACGACCCAUCGCCUGACCGAACCAUCGCCAAAGUCGGCGGGCCGCACCGCAGACUGCAGUCCAUGCAAACAGGCUCUGUGCGAGACAUCAGUAUGAUGCUGGAGAACAACUCCAACAAUAGCCCCAGCACUUCGCCGAUCAAGUCGUAUGAAAAGCCAGAAAGGCUACCUAGACCGUCUACGCCGCCGGGCCUCCGAGAGAGCAGCUCUUUUGAAACUCGCAUCUACGACAAGGAGAUGAAUAUGUCAGCACCAUCGCUGUCGAGCAGCUUGACGCCCAUUGUGCGACCUACCGUCCGUCGGCCAGCGCCGCAAAGCAUUCUUUCAGAAAACACCCCGCCUCAGUCGUCAACCAUGUUAGCUUUGCAAAGUAUGCCCAGUGGAUCGCCAACCAAGGAGGCCGAGAAUCCGCUUUCCAACAUCACCAAUGGAUCGACCAGUAGUGGUAAGGGAGCGACCAUGGAUACUUUGGCCUCGCAGAUCCUUAGCCUGACCAGUAUCGCGAGCUCCCUGCAAAAGGAGAUGGCAGCACUCAGUCGGCGUAGCAGAGACAAUGCUACAGAUUUGCUUAGCCUCAAAGAGGCUACCAACACUCGAGACGAAGACAUCAGAAAGAGCCUCAGAGAUUUGUUAGGCAAUAUCAACGAUCAGUCAGCCAAGAUCGCCAGAGACUCAUACAAUGGCUACUACAUCGAUAGCAAGGCCCAUCCGCAGUCUCCCAACAGUGGGCGGACCUACCAGAUGCCCCGAAUUCCUUCGCCCAAGAGCUUUGCUGAAUCUAUUGAUCGUGCAUCCAUGAGCACCCCGUCCCUUGUAGGUGGCGACAAUUCAGGUGCAACCUCAAUUCUUCUUUUGGAAAAGAUCCUGCGUGGUCUGGGCACCAGAGAUGGCCAAGAGUCACUCCUCAGCCAUCUCCUUGAGCUCUCAGAGAAGCUCUCAGGCAUGGCAACUGCUGCCAAAGUAGAGGAGCUUGUGGACUUUGUCCGACUGCAGACUGAGAGCGCUAUGGUGCCCGUCGGUCAAUCUACUCGAAGAUUCAGCUUGGACCAUGAGGGUAGCAUUUCUCAUCAUGGCCAUAGCAGUGCCAUUGCUCCACGCAUGCUCAAUAACAUAGGUGACUCCCGCAGACCAGCUACUUCCCAAGGCAUCUUGAACGAUGACGUGCUCAAUAUAAUUCGUAAUGUCAAAGAUAGCGUCGCAGCAAGCGGCGGUCUAACUGCGGAGGUAAAAGCUCUUGUUCGAGAAUUACGCGGAGAAGUUUUGGGCAUGGGCCGAGAGCUCGGCAAGAGGCUGGAGAAUGUCACUAGCAAAUCAGGAGGCAACUUCGAGCCAUCGUCCUCGACUAGUAAGGAUGAAGUUACGCGGGUUAUUGACGAGGGCCUUGAGCAGAUGAAUGAGCAGCUCAGUCAGGUUCUCAGAGAGCACCGCCGCCAAUCUCAAGCAUCCGCUCCUAUGCAAAAACUCACUAUUGAUUACCAAGAAAUAUACGCAGCCUUAAGGGCUGCUCUCAAAGACAUUGACGCAUCCAAAGAGAUGCCAGACUUGAACAGAGAUGAUGUCCUUGAGGCUGUGCGCGAAGCAUGGGAGAACUAUAAGCCUGAGAUUGAAGUGCAGCAAAUCGGACUGGAGAGAGACGAAAUCCUAGAGUGUCUUAAAGAAGGCCUUGAGAAUCAAAUGCCUCCUGCAGCCACCAGAGAUGAGAUUUUGACAGCGGUCGUCGAAGGUUUAAAGCACUACGUGCCUCCUCAGAUGGAUACUGCAGCCUCUAUGUCGAGAGAUGAGAUCAUAGAAGCCGUCCGAGAAUGUCUAGAGGAAUUCGAGUUCCCGGUGGCUCCGUCGGCGCUUGGGAAUGAGCUAACUCGCGAAGAUAUGCUUCGUGCUGUCAAAGAGGGCCUCAAUGAUCUAGAUCUUGGAAAGAGCAAUGCACUUGUGCCGACUCGCAACAACGAUGAAAUCAGCGCCAAGCUUCAUGAGCUGAUGGACUUUAUGAAGAUGGAGUUUAGGGCCGUUUCUGACGAAGCCAAAAACAACGUGGCGGCCCACGGCCGAGACACUGAGCACCUCUUGGACGCUACGAAAGACGGCCUUGAGCAUCUCCGUGUAGCCAUUGAAAGCUAUGUUGACCGUGCCACCGGUGUUGCUGGCCAGGAAGAGUUCCUGGAGGGCCUUUUGAAGUCUAUGGAAGAUUUCAAGGAAGAAAUGUCGGUGCUUGUAUCAAAGGCUAAUGCAACUUCUCGAGAGCAACUCCAAACCGAAUUGGAAGGACUGCGAGAUGUUGUCCAUUCAUCCAUGGUUCCGGCCGCUCCUCUAAUGCCGCAAGCCCACAACGACGAUCUCUUGGACGCUCUCCGGAAAGGACUGAGCAAUCUGCGACAAGAAAUCCUCCGACCACGGCCAGAGACCAGCGAAAUUCUCGAUGCUCUUAAUGAUGGCCUGAAUGACAUUCGAGCUGGCAUCGACAGAAUUACGAACAAGCCGGUGGAUCUCACCGCCAACGAUGAGAUUCUCGACGCUCUCAAGGAAGGAUUGGAUGGCGUACGAUCUGACAUUGGGACAAUUCGAGACUCGAGCAACGACAGGGCAGUUGCCAUUCGCACUGUCAACAGCGAGAACAAUAACGAGAUGGCGAUCAUCCCUGCUGAUAUGGCCAAGCAUGACGAUAUCAAGAAUCUCGAAAUUUUGAUUACCCAACUGCGAGCCAAGAUUGAAGAGAUGGGGUCUCCUGCCGGAGCCACAGCGGCUCCCAAGAUUAAUAUGAGCCAUCUCGAGAAUAUGCUUCACGAUGUACAAAGAAGCGUUAAUGAACUCAAGUCCCGCGCGCCCGUCAUAGUCCAAGCUGCUAAGCCGCGCGAAGGGUCGGAGCAGGACAAAGACCAGUCGGAGACGCCAAAGGAGGGAGAAGAGUACGUUAUGAGAAGUAUUCCUUCCAUCUUCACUAAAAGCGGUGGCAAUCCGACAAAGGAAGAUGUUGCGGCUAUUGAGAAUAUUCUGCGCAACACCAAGUCUCGCGUAGAUCACCUCAUUGAUGGUGAUCAAGCAGUGCGACGAGAGCACAUCGAUACACUGGAAUCGCUCAUCUUGGAGUCUCGAGAGGCUAUCCGAUCAGUCAACCGGCAGCUGGAGGACAUCCCCAACUUAUUCCACAAAGAUGACUUUGCUAAGCUGACUACAAUCAUUACUGAUCUCGGAGAGGGUUUGGAGGCUAUUAAAGAUCAUGCUGAGAGAGAGGCUCUAAGCCCUGAAAAGGUCAGAAAGUCGGAUGUCCAGGCUGUUGAGACGGUUGUACGGGAUAUCAAGACGCUCGUUGACGGGAUUGCAGUGGCCGACUUCGCCACCAUCACUACUCGAGAGGACCUUGCUAAACUGGAAGAAAUGAUGAAGGCGACCAAAGAAACUUUCGACAACUAUCACGAAACAUCGUCCAAGGCGCUAGUCGACCGCAAGUCUGAUAUUAAUACCGUGUAUGACCGCAUCCAAGAAGUCAAGUCCUUCAUUGAAGAAUUCCAGGCCGAAAUUCGAAAUAAACUCAUGGAUGGCUCUGAAAGCGUCGGCAAGGCACUGCAAUCUAUAAGCCAGAAAGUCGACAAGAAUGAGAGCGUGGGCGGAGACGUCAAAGACAUGUUUGAAGUCAUGAAGAGCGAAUUUGAGAUUUCCAAGGAGGCCAUUGCUGGAUCCAGGAUCGAGUCCAAUGAGAAGCUCGACGAGGUUACUCAGAAUAUUCGCACCAAGAUUGACGACAAGGUCAAUGAGCUCUUGGCCAAGAAUGAGGCUCUUCGGGUUAUGAUGGACGAAAAGUCGCAAGCUGCCGAGGCACGCGAGAUCGUCACUGAGUCGGCUUUGUCGGGCACCAAGGCUGUUGCUGAUGAACUAAAGCUCCUGAUUGAUACUCUUGGAUCAACCGUCACCGAUUCUUUGGAGAAGAUGGAAGAGGCUUCCAAGACUGUCUUCACCAAGGUUGAAGAAGUAGCCACUCGCUCAGAAGAAACUCACAGCGAAGGCAAAGCCGAUCACCAACAGACGCGCGAUCAGCUUCGCGAAGCUGUCGGCAAGGUCGAAGGCAGUGUCAGCGAAUAUCAACCUCAGAUCUUGGAGGCGGUCAAGAGCAUCCUUGGUCUCGUUGGUGACCACUUUGAGCACUCCAAAGGCAUCCAGGACAAAGUGAUGGGAGCGAUUCCCACAGAACAGGCUUUCAGGGCCAUGAUGCCAGAGAAGUACGACGACGCCAUUGUCCACCAGAAGCUGGAUAAGAUUGUGCAGCACAAUGAUGAUGCGGCACGUGCCUUUGUCCAGCUUCAGACACUCGACAAGGUUCACCAGUUGGUUGUGGAGAAUGCUGCAGAGCUAUCCGAAUUCCUUUCCAAGCAGACUAAGCACGCUGUGGAAGAACGCGACAACCGCGCUAAGCUCUUGGAGGAGACCAAUAUUGCUCUUGAGAGAGCCAUCACAGAACGAAAGCAUGCUGAUGCGUCUGUCAAAGAGCUAAAGGAAGAAGAAGAAUGGCUGAAACGCAGCGUCUUGUCUCUACGGAACGAGCAAGAGGGCUUGAUGAAGCAAAAGACCCGCCUUACCGGCGAUGUCUCUGCCCUCGAGACGGCACUGCGCUUACGCAAGGAAGAGCUCCUCGAGAUGGAAGUUCGAGCCGAAGGUUUGGAACGACGAAUCUUCAAUGGCGUCAUGGAUCACUCUCGAGUGCUUCUCUUUGGCAAGAAAGCCAAGGGUGGUGCCGACUCUAUGAACCGCAAGCGAGUUAAGAAGUCAGGUGGCGACGACGGUACAUCAUCUCCGCGAGGUAUCGCAACGGCUCUCUCCUCGGGAAGAAACCCCAUGGCGCCGGGCCAAGUAGGAACUACGCGACGUAUUGCGUCUCUCAGUCAGAUGACAAACAACGUGGCAGCGAACCCCAUCACAAGAAGUCAUAGCGUGAAGACUCCGACUGUUAGUGUCAACGGCCAUCGCAAGCGCAGCUGGGGUCCCACAGCGCAAAAGAGUGGGUUGAGCGCAGAGGACAAGGAGAACGUCAAUGUUGACGAGACGGUGGAAGAGCUCGACGAGGGCGACAUGGUCAACGUAACCCAUGAAUCCGCCGCAGUCGACGACGGAGCGGACGAUCGCUCAGAGUACGAGGAGGAGAUUGAUGAGGACGACGACGCAGAGCGGCACGACGGAAGCGAUGGCACGCAGAUACGACGGGACAGCAAGGGGUAUGAGGACGAUUCUGAAAGUGAAUACGAGGAGAGCAUUGAUGGCGACGACGAGCCUCAUGCUGCUGUAGUUGUUCGAUAAGGGAUGAGAGUUGGUAUAGUAAUGGGAGGAUUGAAUGGUUUACGAUUUUGUCGAAUUGGUUCGCCUGGAGGCAUUGUUUGUUUUCUUGUUGACUUUUUUUUUCUACUACCCCUUUCUUCUUAUUCCCUUCUUGCCUUUUGGCACUACUGCCCCAUUCUCUUGACUUGAUGUUUUGCGGAGAUGGAUAGUUAUGAGGAGACAUGAUAGCCGCUGUUUGAUACCUGUAUGUAGCUUUGAACGAUAAUUGAUAGUCACGUUAUAUUAUAACAUACAAUUGUUGACCA